AUGAUUGCUUCGUGGCUGACUUUCGCCUUGCUUUGUGGAACUUUCUGUGCAGGACCAGGCCAUGGGGAGGCUGAGACAAGGGAAUGCAUUUACUACAAUGCCAACUGGGAGUUGGAGAAGACCAACCAGAGCGGUGUGGAGCGCUGCGAGGGGGAGAAGGACAAGCGGCUCCACUGCUACGCCUCCUGGAGAAACAACUCGGGCUCCAUCGAGCUGGUGAAGAAAGGCUGCUGGUUAGAUGACUUCAACUGUUAUGACAGGCAGGAGUGUGUAGCCACAGAAGAAAACCCUCAAGUGUUUUUCUGCUGCUGCGAGGGCAACUAUUGCAAUGAGAAGUUUACCCAUUUGCCUGAAGUCACCGGCCCAGAAGUCAUAUACGAGCCGCCGCCACCAACGCCCUCCCUGCUCAACAUCCUGGUGUACUCGCUGCUCCCCAUCGCUGUCCUCUCCAUGGCCAUCCUCUUGGCCUUCUGGAUGUACCGUCACCGCAAGCCUCCCUACGGGCACGUCGACAUUAAUGAGGACCCCGGCCCGCCACCCCCUUCUCCUCUGGUUGGCCUAAAGCCUCUGCAGCUUUUGGAGAUCAAGGCGAGGGGACGCUUUGGCUGCGUGUGGAAGGCUCAGCUGAUGAAUGACUAUGUAGCAGUGAAAAUCUUCCCUAUUCAGGAUAAGCAAUCUUGGCAGAGCGAGAGGGAGAUUUUCAAUACUCCUGGCAUGAAGCAUGAAAACCUUUUGCAAUUUAUCGCAGCAGAGAAAAGAGGGACAAACCUAGAGACAGAGCUCUGGCUGAUCACAGCUUUCCACGACAAGGGCUCUCUGACGGAUUACCUGAAGGGCAAUAUUAUCAGCUGGAAUGAGCUCUGCCAUGUCGCAGAAACAAUGGCCCGUGGCUUGUCCUACCUUCAUGAAGAUGUCCCUUGGUGCAAAGGUGAAGGACACAAACCUGCUAUAGCACACAGGGACUUCAAGAGUAAAAAUGUCUUGCUGAAGAACGACUUGACGGCAGUGCUCGCCGAUUUCGGACUCGCUGUACGGUUUGAACCUGGAAAACCUCCAGGGGACACUCAUGGACAGGUGGGAACAAGGAGGUAUAUGGCUCCCGAAGUGUUAGAGGGAGCAAUCAACUUCCAACGAGACGCCUUCCUGAGAAUAGACAUGUAUGCAAUGGGACUGGUGUUGUGGGAGCUAGUCUCCAGAUGUAGAGCAGUUGAUGGUCCAGUGGAUGAAUACAUGCUGCCUUUCGAAGAAGAAAUAGGUCAGCACCCAUCCCUCGAGGACCUGCAAGAAGUGGUGGUUCACAAGAAGAUGCGCCCGGUGUUCAAGGAUCACUGGCUAAAACACCCCGGCUUGGCGCAGCUCUGCGUGACCAUCGAAGAGUGCUGGGACCACGAUGCGGAGGCUCGGCUCUCGGCGGGCUGUGUCGAGGAGCGCAUUGCGCAGAUCCGCAAAUCCGUAAACGGCACUACCUCGGACUGCCUCGUCUCCAUCGUGACAUCCGUCACCAACGUGGACUUGCCGCCCAAAGAGUCUAGUAUCUAAGUCCUGGUUCACUUUUGUCUUUCCAGACUCAGUGGAUUUAAAAAAAAAAGAAAGAAAAAAAGUUUAAA